AUGAGAUUGAAGUAUCCUGAACUUGAACAUGCACUCCAAGAAUGGUGUUUACAUUCACAAGGUCGCAUUCCUUUAACAGACCCAAUCUUAAUUGAAAAAGCUAAAACAUUUGCAAAAAUGUUUAAUAUACCUGAUGAUAUAUUGUCAUUUUCCACUGGAAAUAAUUUGAAAAGAUACCAAUUACAUGGAGAAAGUGGUUCAGCUGAUAUUAAUGCCCUUCCUGAUCUGAAAACAGUCAUCAGCACCUUAAAUCUGAAGAUACUUGAGCCUGAUAAAACUUUAGCAACAAAACAACUUGAGGGUAAAAAAAAGGAUAAACAAUGUUUGACUGCUGUACUUUGCUAUAAUACUGAUUGA